GAUGAGAUAAUGGCCGAGAUUUUCCUUGCCUUUGGCUAUGAAAUUACGGUCCAACAGCAUCUUGAUGCAUCCGAAGAGCCCGAGGUGGAGCGGAUCGAGGACCUCAUGGAUACGCCGGAGGAGCAUUCUGAGUCCGAGGAUGAACGGGAAGAGGAUGCUUUAAUGGAGCUUGGGAAUGACGAUGGGGAGGAUGGGCUUCCUACUGAUGGGGAGGAUGGGCUUCCUACUGAUGAGGAGGAUGGGCUUCCUGAUGGGGAGAAUGGGCUCCCUGCUGAGUCCGUGGAUGGGCUCCCUACUGAGGCCGUGGUUUUGGACGAGGCCUUCAAGGGUGCUUCUGAGCGGCCGCAGACAGUCGGCCGCCCCGUUGCCACGCCGCAGCUGCGGUCCUGCAAGCGACCCGAUGUUGCAGUUCCCCCUGCCCCUGUCGCGACUGAGUCCUAUGAGCAUCUGGGUUCUGUAUCUUCGCUCUGCGAUGCUUUGGAUGGCAAGUUACAUAUCGGCGAGAAUGAUGCCGCUAAGGAGCCUUUGGAUGGUGAGUGCAUCGAUAUUUCCGAUGACGAGCAAGCCCUUCCUAGCGACCCGGCAAAAGAUGCUCUUCUUCGCAAACUGCAGGAGCUACAAGCCCGACUUCGUGCAACUGCCCCGACGGCUGACUUGCCGGCAACGCCUUCAGUGCCUGCUCCCCCAAAGUUGACAGGUUCUGCCAUGGACACCAUCGAAACCCAGAUCGACCUUCAGCCCUUAGAUGAUGUGCCCUCGAAGGCUCCAGAGACCAUCGAGGAGAAGCCAUCGGAGGCUCCAGAGCCCAUCGCGGAGAAGCCGUCGGAGGAGCACGUUGAGGACGAUCUCCUGUCAGGUCUUCCCGAGCUUGGUGUUUGGGAAGGGGUGUCACGCAGAGACCAGCACUCGAUGGUGGCCCUUCGGAAAGAGGCCAAGGCAGCCAAGAAGAGCAAGAAGAACGAGGGUGCAUGUGGGCCCAAAGUGAAGUCGAUUCUCAAGAACGGCAAGAGUCUUCGGCGAAUCAAGGGCAUUAAGAAGCGGAUUGGGAAGGCCAAGCGGGCCAAGGGAAGGACCUUGGUUUCUGAGCCG